AUGAAGCUCAGGGCAGGACAGACACUGGGCACUAUCCCCAGGCAGUGUGAAAUUCUCCUUCUGUUGCUGCUGUUGGGCCUGGUGGAUGGUGUCCACCACAUACUUUCCCCAAGCUCAGCACAAAGAGGCAGAGCUGUGGGCCCUGGAGCCUCAGUGGGAAGCAGCAGGUCUAGCCUGUGGACCCUUCCAGGCAGGUUCCUGUUCCAGAUCAUUCCACGGGGAGCAGGUCCCAGGUGCUGGCCCCAUAGGCUUCCAUCUGAGUCCCAGUUAUGGUACGUCUUUGGUAGUGGGACCCAGCUCACAAUCCUAGGGCAGCCCAAGUCUGACCCCUUGGUCACUCUGUUCCUGCCUUCCUUAAAGAAUCUCCAGGUUAAGAAGGCAACACUAGUGUGUCUGGUGAGCGAAUUCUACCCAGGUACUUUGGUGGUGGACUGGAAGGUAGAUGGGAUCCCUGUCACUCAGGGUGUGGAGACAACCCAACCCUCCAAACAGACCAACAACAAGUACGUGGCCAGCAGCUACCUGACACUGAUGUCUGACCAGUGGAUGCCUCACAGUAGAUACAGUUGCCAGGUCACUCAUGAAGGAAACACUGUGGAGAAGAGUGUGUCACCUGCUGAAUGUUCUUAG